AAGUUCCCACCAAGAUGCUGCCGCUCUCUGCCUGGACCGGCCGGGGGGCGCUCUCCUUGGCCGCCUUGGUGUUGGUCCUAUUGGUUUGCCUGAGCCCUGGUGUUUCAAGGGGCAAUAAGCUUAAGCUGAUGCUUCAAAAACGAGAAGCCCCUGCUCCAGUUGAGGCAGAGGUGUCUGUCAAAGAAGAUAAGGCCAAGGAAUUUUUAAACAGCCUGAAACGCCAGAAACGCCAGCUUUGGGAUAGGAGUCAAGCUGACGUACAGCAGUGGUAUCAGCAAUUCCUUUACUUGGGCUUUGAUGAAGCGAAAUUUGAAGAUGACGUCUCCUAUUGGUCAAACCUACGCCGUGGUGGCCAUGAAUAUUAUGGUGGUUAUUACCAUCACCAUUAUGAUGAAGAUGCACCAAUUGGCCCAAGAAACCCACAUACUUUCAGGCAUGGAGCAAAUGUCAACUAUGAUGAUUAUUAACCUUUUAUGUUUAAUAACAGCAGUUAAGAGUGAUAAUCUCUAAUAUACAUUUACUCUUCCUUUUAACUAGCUUGUUAAAAUCAAGAAAAUGGUUGUUAUGAAAUGUUUGCAUAUUCAAUCAGUAGCACACAGUGUAUAAGUGUUAGAAUUAAAGCUUCCUGAUAAACUA